CUACGUUCUCAAUGGCCAAUCACCGCUCUCUGCUUUCAAGGAAGGGGCGGACUGCUUUGUUAAUUUUCUGUUGUUCAAUAAAGUUAACCUAAUACAUCCGGGGUACAGAUAUGGGGGCUGUAACAGAUGAUGAAGUUAUUCGUAAGCGCCUUCUUAUUGACGGCGAUGGGGCUGGAGAUGACCGCCGGAUCAAUGUGCUGCUGAAGAGUUUCACCAAGUGGUGUAAUUCUUCUGGAACUCCAGAGGAAGGAUUUACUCAGUACCAAAGGAUGCUGGGAACGCUGUCCCAGUGUGAGUUCUCCAUGGGAAAAACGUUGAUGGUUUAUGACAUGAAUCUUCGGGAAAUGGAGAAUUAUGAGAAAAUCUACACGAACAUAGAACAAAGCAUCACGUCUGCACAUGAAAAAAUAGCAGAGUGUAAAAAGGAAAUUCAGAGGGCAAAGAGAAUACGAAAAAAUCGUCAAGAGUAUGAUGCUUUAGCUAAGGUUAUCCAGCAGCACCCAGACCGUCAUGAAACACUAAAGCAGUUGGAGGCUCUAGACAAAGAACUCCAGCAACUGUCUCACAUCAAAGAGAGUGUGGAGGCAAAGUUGGAGUUAAGGAAGAAACAGUUUCAUGUCCUACUCAGUACCAUACAGGAACUACAGCAGACACUUGAGAAUGAUGAGAAAUCUGACAAUGAUGACAUCAGCCAGGAGAGCCCUGCUGAAAAUGGAGACUGAUCUUUUUGGUUUAUUUUGUUUGUCUUUUUGAAUAAAGUUGUCUUGAAUAUG